AUGACCAGCCCCCCGAAGCGCCCCGUCGUCACCCCGGACGGCUGUGGCCCCGUCGUGAGCGUCCGCGGCGAGCCCGUGCAGGGCAAGGCGGUCCCGGACACGUCCGAGGUUCUCGCCUGGGUCGACGUGAAGGACGACGGCGAUAUCGCCCUCUCCGGAUACGACCCCGUCAGCUACCACGCGGGCGCCGACCACGGCCCGCUCAUGGGCAAGGCGGUGCACGAGACCAUCAUCGAGACCCUGCUGCAGGGCCGCGUGCGAUACCGCUUCGCGUCCGAGGAGAACCUCGCCAAGUUCCGGGCCGACUACCGCAACCUCAAGCCAAAAUACGGCGGUUUUUGCGCCGCGGGCGUGGGGCUCCACGACAAGCUCGCGUCCGCUGACCCUCUCGUGUGGGAUAUCGACCCGCGGGACGGCCGCCUGCUUCUCUUCUGCAGCUGGGAGAUGAAGGCGGAGUGGGAGAAGGACGCGGACGCGGCGAGGCAAAAGGCGGACGAGCGCUUCGGCGGGCUCUGCGCCAAGGCUUCGCAGGCGGCGUGA